CUCGCGGCCCGGGAUUCUCCAACCGCUCCUGACGUGGACAGCGGCUCUGGGACCCCGCGCGCAGCCUGCAGGCCGCGUCCCGCUCAACCCGGUGUUGGCUUCGGCCAUCGCUUGCGUGGCCGUAACGUUCGGGGGCGUCUCUCUCUGGUGGGUUGGGCUGUGGCUGCGCUGCUGGGGCGUAGGCGCUUCCCACAUAAGUAAACAGUGGCAGCCAUGUCAGAGUGGAUGUCUUACUACAAAAAUGAGGAGGAUGAGGAAGAGGAAGAAUAUCCUGAAGAAGUUGAAACUGGUGGGGAAUAUAAAUAUGCAGGUCGAGACAGCCUGAUUUUUUUAGUUGAUUCUUCCAAGGCCAUGUUUGAAUAUUAUGAUGAUGAUGAGUGGACUCCUUUUGAUAUGACAAUUCAGUGCAUCCGGAAUGUGUACACCAACAAGAUCAUUAGUAGUGACAGGGACCUCUUGAGUGUUGUGUUUUAUGGCACUGAGAAACACAAGAAUUCUGUGGAUUUCAAACAUGUGUAUGUUCUUCAGGAGCUGGACAAUCCAGGUGCCAAAAGAGUGCUAGAGUUGGAUAAGUACAAGGGAGAUCAGGGAAAAGCACUCUUUCGUGAGUCGUUUGGCCAUAAUCCUGACUACUCACUGGGCGAGGCACUCUGGGCCUGCUGUAAUCUCUUCAGUGAUGUCCAGUUCAAGAUGAGCCACAAGAGAAUCAUGCUGUUCACCAAUGAAGACAACCCUCAUGGACAUGACAGCACUAAAGCUAAACUGGCAAGGACCAAAGCUGCUGACCUUCGAGAGACAGGUAUCUUCCUUGACUUGAUGCACCUGAAGAAGCCUGGGGGGUUCGAUAUCUCCUUGUUCUACAGGGACAUCAUAAACACAGCAGAGGACGAAGACCUGGGGGUCCAUACUGAUGCCUCAAGCAGGCUGGAAGAUCUCAUGAAGAAAGUGCGAGCAAAGGAGACAAGGAAGCGUGCUUUGGCCAGGUUAAACUUCCAUCUGAGCAAAGACCUAUCCCUCGCUGUAGGUGUUUACAACCUGGUCCAGAAAGCUUUCAAACCAUCUCCAGUGAAACUUUAUCGGGAAACCAAUGAGCCUGUGAAAACAAAGACACGGACAUUUAAUCGAGAGACAGGCAGCUUGCUUCUACCUAGUGAUACCAAGAAGGCUCAGACCUAUGGGAACCGUCAGAUUGUACUGGAGAAAGAGGAGGUAGAAGAAGCGAAGAGAUUUGAUUCCCCAGGUUUGGUCCUGAUUGGCUUUAAACCACUGGUAUUGCUGAAACAGCACCAUUACAUCAAGCCCUCCCAGUUCAUCUAUCCUGAAGAGUCCUUCAUUAGUGGGAGUACAACUCUGUUUAAUGCCUUACUGACCAAGUGCCUAGACAAAGAGGUGAUGGCAUUGUGCAGGUACACCCCCAGCCGGAAUACUCCCCCCCGUUUUGUGGCCCUGGUCCCACAGGAAGAGGAGCUGGAUGAACAGAAAGUGCAGACAGCCCCUCCAGGUUUCCACCUCAUUUUCCUGCCUUAUGCAGAUGACAAACGGAAAAUUGACUUUACAGAAAAGGUCCCAGCCAAUGAUGAACAGGUGGACAAAAUGAAGGAAAUAAUCCAGAAACUCCGGUUCAAGUACAGGAACGACAGCUUUGAGAAUCCGGUUCUGCAGCAGCAUUUUAGGAACUUGGAGGCCUUGGCACUGGACUUGAUCGAGCCUGAACAAGCUGAGGAUCUGACACAGCCCAAGGUUGAGGCAAUGAACCACAGACUAGGUGAUCUGGUGGAGCAGUUUAAGCAGCUGGUUUACCCUCCUGACUACAAUCCUGAAGGGAAAGCUGUGAAGCGGAAACAAGGAGAAGGUGCUGGCCAAACAGAGAAGAAGCCCAAGAUGGAAGUCUCCAAGGAUGAGCUUAGGAGCCAUGUACAGAAGGGCACUCUGGGCAAAUUCACCGUGCCUGUUCUGAAAGAAGCAUGCAGGGUUUAUGGGCUGAAAGGCGGUGGGAAGAAGCAAGAACUUCUAGAUGCACUGACUGAAUAUUUCAGCAAGUUCUAACCAGGAACUGAGGACUUUGAUGACAAACGGGUGACUCCCUUCUGCUUAAAACUUUCAGUCUGCUCAUCUGGGUGUUGGGUCUGAGUUUAGUUUUGAUGCUGGUGGAAGGGCGGAGGUGGGGUGGACAGAAUCCCUUCACUACAUCAAACAAUGCAGACUCUAGUGGAAAGAAACUUAUUUCUUCCUUUUGGUGACAAUAGAUCCUCUUAGCAAUUGUGUCUUCUGCUGGUGGUAGCAGAUGGCAAAAUAAACCUCAUCCCAACUCUGGUCCUACAAUUCAGAUGAACACUGUUGUGCCUUGUUGGUGUCUGAAUAAAUGCAAGUUUGUUUUGGAACCCUUACUUCUUUGGAACAGCGGGAAUGGCAUAGAAGAGAUGCUGUCAUGUACAACAAAACUUGCUCAUUUUAAAUAAGUGGAAGAAUGUAUGGUGGUGGAUGAAAUAGUGCUACAUUGCUAUAAGACUUACUUCGCAAGUGUGUGUGCUCACAAGAACUAUAAAAGUGGCAUCUUACUGUACUGAUUAACACACUAAACUUACCAGAACGAAAAUCA